AUGCCUUUAGAACUUACCUGCCCUCCAGGUGCUAAUGGGAUCUCUCUUCUUAUUCCAGCCCAGGAUGAUCAGAGCAAUGAGGAGGAGUGUGGGAAGAGGUUCAGUGAGAGACAGCAUCUUCAAAGUCAUCAGAGAACCCACACAAAGGAGAGACCUUUUGAAUGCUCAGAAUGUGGGAAGAGGUUCAGUCAGAGUGGCAAUCUUCAAAGCCAUCAGAGAACCCACACAGGGGAGAGACCUUUUGAAUGCUCAGAGUGUGGAAAGAGGUUUAGUGGGAGACAGCAUCUUCAAACUCAUCAGAGAACCCACACACAGGAGAGACCUUAUGAAUGCUCAGAGUGUGGAAGGAGAUUCAGUCACAGUUGCAGUCUUCAAAGUCAUCAGAGAACCCACACCGGGGAGAGACCUUUUGAAUGCUCAGAGUGUGGAAAGAGGUUCCGUCAGAGUGGCCAUCUUCAAAUGCAUCAGAGAACCCACACAGGGGAGAAACCUUUUGAAUGCUCAGAGUGUGGAAAGAGAUUCGCUGACAGUGGCAGUCUUCAAAGGCAUCAGAGAACCCACACCGGGGAGAAACCUUUUGAAUGCUCAGAGUGUGGAAAGAGAUUCAGUCGGAGUGGCCAUCUUCAAAGUCAUCAGAGAACCCACACAAGGGAGAAGCCUUUUGAAUGCUCAGAGUGUGGAAAGACGUUCAGUCAGAGUGGCAAUCUUCACAGUCAUCAGAGAACCCACACAGGGGAGAGACCUUUUGAAUGCUCAGAGUGUGGAAAGAGAUUCAGUCAGAGUUGCCAUCUUCAAAGUCAUCAGAGAACCCACACAGGGGAGAGACCUUUUGAAUGCUCAGAGUGUGGAAAGAGAUUCACUGACAGUGGCAGUCUUCAAAGUCAUCAGAGAACCCACACAGGGGAGAAACCUUUUGAAUGCUCAGAGUGUGGAAAGAGAUUCACUGUCAGUAGCCAACUUCAAAGUCAUCAGAGAACCCACACAGGGGAGAAACCUUUUGAAUGCUUAGAGUGUGGAAAGAGAUUCAGAUUUGUGGGUACUGAGAACCGGCACCUGUUGGUGGAAGUUCUGCCAAGCCCUCAGAGGGGAAUUGGUGGAAAGUAG